UAUAUACCUCUAAUACACAAGUACUGCGACAAAAUGCUUCCGAGUAAAGAGGCUAGUUGUCUCUAGAAUCAGCUCAAGCGAUUGAAAAUGAAUCGAGUCUGGAGAGGAUCGUUCUUUGCAUGUCAAUGGCUUGCUUUUGUUCUACAGACUUUGAUGAUAUUAACCGGCGAAAUUGCCGCCGAGACCUCUAAAGAGAAGAGUAAUUGUACGUAUGCAGUGACCAUAGAAACAUGUUGUACCAAGGGAGCAGAAACUUCAGAUCAUGUCAGCCUACGAUUUGGAGAUGUCAAAUCCAAUGACAUUUUAGUGCGUCACUUGAAUUCCAAACACGUAAGAUGGGUCGAUCCAUUGGAGCCCCAAGUGCUUGAUGAUGUGCCCAGAAAGCCAUUCCAAGCUUGCAUGGUGGAUGAAUUUCAAGUUAGAGGGCCAUGCGUAGAAUCACCCAUUUGCUAUCUUUAUCUGAAAUUGGCUGGCAAGGAUGAUUGGAGGCCUGGUUUUGCCCAAGUGCAGGUUUUAGAAGCAUCAUCUCAUCUGAGCUCCGAUUAUUUCUAUUUUCGUCGGUAUCUGCCGCGCGAUGCUUGGUACGGCUUGGACGUGUGUGACACCGAGGUCACUCCUUUUGGGAUCAAGUACAGGAGAAAGGUCUUUGCAAAUAAAGAAAAGUCUGCUCAAAUAACAUAGGAGGGACCCAAAUCAUCACAUUUCUUUCCCUGUGAAUUGAUUUUUUUUUUCAAGAAAUAAAAUGCUUCACGACUUACCUUGUAAAUUAAUUAUUUGUUGAAAAGGGCAAAAAAUCACAGAGUAACUUGGCAAAUAUCAAAAAAAAAUGAUUUAUCAACUCGAGAGGAGAGCCAACUCUUGAAUGAAGU